AUGUCGUCGGUCUCACAGACACCACUUUGGGUAUCCCCAAAUGCCGGAAACCACCCAAUUGAUAAGUAUCGGCAACGAGUGAACAAGAUAUUCAAUCUCAACCUUCAAAAUUCACACCAGCUUCAGCAAUGGAGCGUGAAGAAGCCCCAUGAUUUCUGGAUUGAUUUGUAUAAAUAUAUUGGGAUUGUCCCCGAACUUCCUCCUAAUACCACUAGGGCUUACGAUGACACUGUUCCACUCAACUCAAUACCACCAUUCUUCAAGGACAUAGAGCUUAAUUACACGGAGAAUAUCCUGCGAGGGAAGAACCCCGAGGCAGUCGCCCUCAUCGGCCUACGGGAAUCUGACCCUCUGAACGGGGAGUUUGUGACCUGGAGUCAGCUCAAUGAAAAGAUACGGGUUGUACGUAGUGCCUUGCUGCAACAUGGGAUCAAGCAAGGUGAUAGAAUAGGUGCUAUAGUAUCAACAUCUAUCUGGAGCGUGGUUCUUCUCCUGGCUUCCGCUUCAGUUGGUGCUAUCUUCUCAUCGAUAUCACCGGACAUGGGAAUCGAGGGCUGUGUAUCUCGGUUCCAGCAGAUAGAGCCUUCCAUUAUAUUUGCCGACAGCGAUAUGUCCUACAAGGGGAACAGAACGUCGCUUGACGAAAAGAUCAAGGCCGUCAUGCAAAGGCUAUCCAAGUCACUCGUCUUUGUGAACCCAAUCGGUCAUACGAGCAAGUCUUCAUUUCCACUGAUUGGAACAUUUUUAUCAAGGGCUCGAGAUACAGAUGCCCUUGAAUUCACGCGGGUGCCGUUCUCAUACCCGCUUUACAUUCUCUAUUCAAGUGGAACAACUGGACCACCAAAAUGUCUCGUUCAUCAACACGGUGUAGUUCUGCAAUUGCUCAAAGUAUCCCUCCUUCAUAAUUCCCUUGGACCAAAUGAUGUUGUUUUUCAAUACACAAGCACUUCAUGGGUACUGUUCAACAUUAUGAACGGACAUCUUGGUGCAGGGGCAACGCUGAUAUGUUAUGAUGGCUCGCCACUCUGGCCAGAUACGACCACAAUGUUGAAGAUAUUGGAAAGAUUCAAGGUAACAUACUGGGGAACUUCUCCGAGGUACUGUCUUGAGCUUGAGGCAUCCGGAGUCGUCCCCCGCGAGAAGUUCGACCUGAGUGCUCUCAGGAUGGUAACAACCACAGGGUCAACACUGACGGCAGACCAGUUUCGGUGGUUUUAUAAGGUAUUCCCCUAUGUCCAUUUGAGUAGUGUGGCAGGGGGGACAGAUAUAGCUACAUCCUGGGAGAUGCAAAUGUUCGCACUAGGAAUGAACGUUGAGGUUGGGGAUAGCGAUACAGGGGAAUCAAUUACACAUACUGGCCAAUCUGGGGAAUUGAUUUGCAGGACACCCUUCCCAUCAAUGCCAGUGUUUCUCUGGGGGGAUAAGGAUAACAAAAAGUAUAACUCAUCGUACUUUGAACGAUACGAACAUAUCUGUGUUUGGGCCCAGCAUGACUGGAUCAGUGUGAACCCAGUGACGAAGGGUAUAUCAAUGCAUGGAAGAAGUGAUGGUGUGUUGAAUCCAUCAGGAAUCCGCUUUGGCAGUGCUGAGAUCUAUGCGAUAUCCGAGGGACCGCAAUUCAGCACCGAGAUUGAGGAUACCCUCUGUGUUGGAAGACGCCGUGUAAAGGACAAAGACGAGGAAGUCUUCCUUUUCGUCAAGAUGAGAAAUCAAGCUCAGAACAGACUGACCCCUGAACUGGAGCUGCGAUUGAGACUAGCAAUACGGACCAGUCUAUCGGCACGCCAUGUACCAAAGUUCAUUGUGCAGGUUCCGGAGAUACCUAUGACUAUCAAUGGGAAGAAAGUCGAGAUUGCGGUUAAGAAGAUUAUUAGCGGGAACAAGGUGCAAGUCAGCGCGACGGUGGUGAACCCGAAGGCACUGGAGUUCUAUGAACAAUUUCAUGAACUUGAGGCCCAACCGAAGGCUAAACUGUGA